AUGCCGCCCUCUGCAUCUAAACAAAAACGAUUGGCAGAAAAAGCCGCAAAACAGUCUGCGAAAAAGGCCAAUGGGACGUCGACAGAUGCAGGAACGUCUGAGACGCCCACGGGCAGCGGCAGCGCACGAGCGAGCACCAGCGCGACGCCUCUUACAAACAGAUCUGCUGCAGGUAGUCAGGAAGACCUUAUGAGCAUGCAGCGGCUCAAGAUUGCCACCGAUCGAUCUGCCGCCGGUGUCCUCGUCUCGGACGUGAAAUCGCGAGACAUCAAGAUUGAAUCGUACACUCUCUCCUUCCACGGCAGACUCCUCUUCGAAAACGCGUCCGUCUCGUUCAACUAUGGCAACCGCUACGGUCUGCUGGGCGAAAACGGCAGUGGCAAGUCGACAUUCCUCGCUUCUAUCGCUGAACGAGACAUUGAGAUUCCACCACACAUUGACAUUUACAUGGUCAACGGCGAAGCCGAGCCGAGUGACAUCAACGCCGUCGAUUUUAUCGUCGCCGGUGCGAAAGAAAAGGUGGCAAAACUGGAGAAGCGAAUCGAGGACCUUAGUAUGAGCGACGAUGAUGCGGAUCAGCAGGCGCUUGAAGCGACGUUGGAAGAAUUGGAGGAGAUGGACCCCAGCACGUUCGAGGCAAAAGCGGGCAGCAUUCUCCACGGUCUCGGUUUCUCUCAACAGAUGAUGUCGAGACCAACAAAGGAUAUGAGUGGUGGUUGGAGGAUGCGUGUCGCGCUCGCUCGAGCGCUCUUCAUCAAGCCGCACCUGCUGCUGCUAGACGAGCCGACAAAUCACUUGGAUCUCGGCGCCGUCGUGUGGCUCGAGGCAUAUUUAUCGACUUACAAUCACAUUCUCGUAAUCACCUCACAUUCUCAAGACUUUAUGGACUCCGUGUGCACAAAUAUCAUUGAGCUCACUCCCAAGAAAAAGCUGGUCUACUACGCCGGGAACUACUCGACGUACGUCAAGACCAAGAGCGAAAAUGAGGUCAACCAGAUGAAGGCAUACCACAAGCAACAAGAAGAGAUUGCUCAUAUCAAAAAGUUCAUUGCAUCUGCUGGUACCUACGCCAAUCUCGUGAAACAGGCCAAGUCGAAGCAGAAGAUUAUCGACAAGAUGGAGGCCGCUGGCUUGGUUGAAAAGGUCGAGACACUCCGUCCUCUCCGCUUCAAUUUCGAAGACGUGCGCAAGUUGCCGCCGCCAAUCAUUGCGUUCAAUGAUGUGGCUUUCAGCUACUCGGGAAAGAAGGAAGAUUAUCUGUACAAGAAUUUGAGCUUUGGUAUCGAUAUGGACUCGCGUGUCGCUAUCCUCGGCGCAAACGGCACGGGAAAAUCGACCUUGCUUCAUUUGAUCAUGGGCGUGUACCAGCCAUGCGAAGGGACCAUCAGCAAACAUACCAGUCUCAAACUUGCCAAGUAUUCUCAGCAUUCGGCGGAUCAAUUACCAUACGAUAAGACACCCAUCGAGUACUUCCAGAGCUUGUACGCAGAGACGUAUCCCGACAAGGACUUCUGGAGACAGCAGCUCGGCCGCUUUGGGUUGAGCGGUGCGCAUCAGACAUCGCCAAUCAAACAACUAUCCGAUGGCCUACGGAACAGAGUUGUAUUUUCGCAGCUGUCGAUGGAGCAUCCGCACAUCCUGCUACUCGAUGAGCCGACGAAUCACUUGGAUAUGGGGUCUAUCGACGCGCUCGCGCGUGCAAUCAAAGAAUUUGAAGGCGGUGUCGUGAUUGUCUCGCACGAUUUCCGUUUGAUCUCGCAAGUCGCAGAGGAGCUAUGGGAGGUGAAGAAUAAGAAGAUUCGUAACCUGACCAAGGAGGACAUUUCGAUCGUCGACUACAAGGCCAUCCUCGCUAAAGAGUCGCAUGCAGCAAUUGAGAAAGCCAAGCUGUUCUCCAAGGGUGCAGCUGGAAAGUAA